AUGGCAAUGUACCUGAAGCGGCUUUACAGAGGCACCUCUGUAUCCUGUCGCUACUCGGUACCUCACAAGGUCGAGUAUGCCGAGCUCAAAAGGACGAUACUACAGGCCAUUGCGCGCACCAUCCUAAGUCAGCCGGUGAUGCAAGUUGCUAUCAAGGGUGCGGCUACCAAGAAGCCAUCGUGGAUCAAAUUAGACAGCCUUGACCUCGAUCACCAUGUUGCCUGGCACAUUCUGGAUGCUGGGACCUUUGAGCAGACGUUUCAAGAGACUGUUGCCUCGCAAUUGGAUUCCGAAUACCCUGACCUUGAGAAACGCCCGUCGUGGAGAGUAACCAUCAUGUAUGAGCAGGAUCCUCAAUUCUUGGAGAUACUGUUCACCUGGAACCAUCCACUUGGUGAUGGUAUGAGCGGAAGAAAGUUCCACGAGCAUCUGCUUGAGCAUCUCAACAGCCCAAAUGCCAACAAUGACGGCAGCUUGUUAUCUGCAAGCAAAUUGCAACUUCCAACUGCUGACCCAAAUCUUCCGCCGCGAAUUGAGAAGCUUGCCAAACUCCCACUCACGCCACGUCAUGUUUUCAAGACGGUCUUGAAAGAGCACGGGCCGGCGGUACUCACUAAAGACGACACUGAAGCCCAUUGGGCCCCGAUACAAACCUCCUCCUACAAGUCGCAUAUCCGUGUUUUCUCUAUUGGGAAGGAGAUACUCUCAAGCAUUCUCGCUGCUUGCAGACAAAACAACACGACGCUUACUGGCCUGUUCCAUGCACUGGGGAUUCUUUUUCUUGCAUCGCGUUUGGAUACCAACAGCGCUCCUGGCUUCCAUACCAAGACGGCCGUAGACUUGCGGCGUUUCCUGCCGUCGAGCCCUAAGAGGUACCCCUGGUUGCAUCCUCAGAGAACCAUGGGAAACUAUGUAUCCGUGAUGGGCCAUGCCUGGCCAGCAAGUCUUGUAUCUGAGAUCCGCGUCAAGCUGUCGGCUGAUCCAAGCACCGAAACCUUGUCAGCAGACCUUCUGAAGGCUAUCUGGUCAAUCUCGGCUCAGGCUCAUAGGCAGAUACGGCACAAGCUAGACAUGAAUCUCAAGGACGAUAUUGUCGGUAUAAUGAAGUUCGUUCCGGACUGGCGCAAGCAGGUCAUGGACGCUGCACGCCGCCCCCGAGAGUACUCCUACUUCAUCUCCAAUAUUGGAGCCAUUGACGGGGGGCUGCAGACCGAUGCGACAGCGUCCGAACCACAGAGCGAAAAAUGGACAAUCACUCGGGCGCAGUUCUCUAUGAGUGCCGAAGUCACAUCGGCGCCCCUUAUGACAUCCGCCAUGUCCGUGUUGGGAGGCCCAUUGUGCGUUGGAAUCACCUGGCAAGAUGGUGUCUUGGACGAUUCGAUGGGUGAAGCAUUCGCCGCCGAGUUGGAGAGUUGGCUUAUACAGAUAGGGCGCGUAUCGGCGUAA